CUCAAGCGGACCUCAAGUCUGAGGCUCCGGGAAGAGUUAGCUAGUUGGUUGUCAAAGGUUGAAGGUGAAAGAUUAGCGGCUUGGUCUUCUUCAGACGGACUCCAGGGCUGUUUUUGAGGCUGGCUCUUUACAAGAUGGCUCCGACUAAUGUUAUUAAAUACUCUUCAGAAGAAGGAUGCAGAUGUCCAUUAGAGUCCGAGCUGCGAGCAGUGCUGCAGCAAAGGAUCAUGGUCCUGGACGGUGGUAUGGGAACCAUGAUCCAGCAGCAUAAACUUGAAGAGCAAGAUUUCAGGGGGGAUGAGUUUAAAGAGCACCCUCUUUCGCUGAAGGGCAACAACGACCUUCUCAGUAUCACACAGCCCAAUAUCAUUUACUCCAUACAUAAGGACUACCUCCUGGCUGGUGCGGACAUCGUGGAGACCAACACGUUCAGCAGCACCUCUGUCGCCCAGGCAGACUAUGGCCUGGAACACAUGGCUUAUCGCCUCAACAAGGCAUCUGCGGAGCUGGCGAGGAGGGCAGCCGACGAUGUCACCAAACAAACUGGCUGUAAACGUUAUGUGGCCGGUGCAGUGGGUCCGACCAAUAAGACCCUGUCUGUAUCCCCCUCUGUGGAGAGACCUGACUUCAGGAACAUCACAUUUGAUGAGCUAGUAGAAUCCUACACCGAGCAGGUCAGAGGUUUAUUAGAUGGAGGAGCAGACCUUCUUCUGGUUGAAACCAUCUUUGAUACUGCCAACGCUAAGGCUGCCUUGUUUGCCAUCGACCUGCUGUUUGAAAAGAGCUACGAAAGGAAACCUAUAUUUAUCUCAGGGACCAUUGUUGACCGGAGUGGACGUACUCUGUCUGGUCAGACAGGAGAAGCCUUUGUACUGAGUGUAUCCCACAUGAACCCUCUAUGCAUUGGUCUGAACUGUGCCUUGGGGGCGACAGAGAUGAGGCCGUUCAUUGAGGCCAUAGGAAAAAGCACCACAGCUUUCAUUAUCUGUUAUCCCAACGCAGGUCUUCCCAACACAUUCGGAGGGUAUGACGAAACCCCAGAAGUAACCGCCUUCAAUUUAAAGGAGUUUGCUAUGGAUGGACUAGUGAAUAUUGUGGGAGGCUGUUGCGGCACCACUCCAGGACACAUCAGGGCCAUAUCUGAAGCAGUCAAACACUGUCAGCCGAGAGUUCCUGCUGCUGAUAUUUAUCAAGACUACAUGCUGCUGUCAGGUUUAGAGCCGUUCAGGAUCGGCCCUUACACCAACUUUGUUAACAUUGGCGAGCGCUGCAAUGUGGCUGGGUCACGCAAGUUUGCCAAGCUGAUCAUGGCAGGAAAUUAUGAGGAGGCUCUAAGCAUUGCUAAGGCCCAGGUGGAGAUGGGAGCCCAGGUCCUGGAUAUUAACAUGGAUGAGGGGAUGCUUGAGGGGCCAACAGCUAUGACCCGAUUUUGUAACUUAAUUUCUUCUGAGCCAGACAUUGCACGGGUUCCACUGUGUAUCGACUCCUCGAACUUCUCAGUGAUUGAGGCUGGGUUGAAAUGCUGUCAGGGGAAGUGUAUAGUCAACAGUAUCAGCCUGAAGGAAGGAGAGGAGGAGUUCCUGCACAGGGCUGCCACUGUGAAGCGCUACGGAGCUGCUGUGGUGGUCAUGGCCUUUGAUGAGGAGGGACAGGCGACAGAUACAGACCGUAAAGUGGAGAUCUGCACUCGGGCCUACAAGCUGCUAGUCAACAAAGUGGGAUUUGACCCCAACGACAUCAUCUUUGACCCCAACAUCCUCACCAUCGGUACAGGCAUGGAGGAACACAACGACUACGCCAUCUACUUCAUCAGAGCCACCAAACUCAUCAAGGAGACAUUACCAGGAGCCAGGGUGAGUGGAGGUCUGUCCAACCUGUCCUUCUCCUUCAGAGGAAUGGAGGCCAUCAGAGAAGCUAUGCAUGGAGCAUUUCUCUACCACGCUAUCAAGGAUGGUAUGGAUAUGGGGAUAGUGAAUGCUGGGAACCUGCCGGUCUAUGACGACAUAGAUAAAGAGCUGCUGUUACUGUGUGAAAAUCUUAUCUGGAACAGAGACGCGGAUGCUACUGAGAAACUACUGGCCUACGCACAGAACAAUGUGAAAGGAGCGAAGAAGGUGGUUCAGACAGACGAAUGGAGAGAAGGAAGUGUGGAGGAAAGGUUGGAGUAUGCUCUCAUUAAGGGAAUAGAGAAGUAUGUGGUGGAGGAUGUGGAGGAGUGUCAGGCUCUGGUUGACCGCUACACUCGACCCCUUCACAUCAUCGAGGGCCCCCUGAUGAACGGCAUGAAGGUGGUGGGAGACCUCUUUGGUGCUGGGAAGAUGUUCCUUCCACAGGUGAUCAAGUCGGCUCGUGUUAUGAAGAGAGCGGUGGGCCAUCUGAUUCCUUUCAUGGAGAAGGAGAGGGAGGAGAUGAUGGCAUUGUCGGGGUCAACUGAAGAAGUGAAUCCCUUUCGGGCCACCAUCCUUCUGGCUACAGUGAAAGGAGAUGUCCAUGAUAUUGGCAAGAACAUCGUAGGUGUGGUGCUGGGUUGCAACAACUUCAGAGUGAUCGACAUGGGUGUGAUGGUUCCCUGUGAUCAGAUCCUCAGAGAGGCCGUCAAUCAGAAAGCAGAUAUUAUUGGUCUGUCUGGUCUCAUCACUCCCUCUCUGGAUGAGAUGAUCUAUGUGGCCAAAGAGAUGGAGAGACUGGGAAUGACAACACCACUGCUGAUUGGAGGAGCCACCACAUCAAAGACACAUACAGCAGUGAAGAUCGCUCCACGCUACAGUUGUCCUGCUAUCCAUGUUCUGGACGCCUCCAGGAGUGUGGUGGUGUGCUCCCAGCUCCUGGAUGAGGAAUUGAAGGAGGAGUACUUUGAGGACCUGAAAGAGGAGUAUGAGGAGAUCAGACAGGAGCACUACGACUCCCUGAAAGAUCGCCGGUAUCUGUCUCUUUCCCAGGCCAGAGGGAAGGCUCUACAUAUAGACUGGCUCUCUCUGCCCAGACCAGUGUGUCCUCAGUUCCUGGGCACCCGCGUGUUCGAGUGCUACGACCUGAACAGUCUGCUGGACUACAUCGACUGGAAGCCUUUCUUCGAUGUGUGGCAGCUGAGAGGAAAAUACCCCAACAGAGGUUACCCCAAGAUCUUCAACGACAAGACUGUUGGUUCGGAGGCCCGGCGAGUCUUUGAUGAGGCCCAGCGGCUGCUCAACCAGAUGAUUGACAGUGGUAGUCUUAAGGGGCGGGGCCUGGUGGGGUUCUGGCCUGCACAGAGUGAUGGCGAUGACAUCCGUGUGUACAAAGAUGAUGUCACAGUAAACAGGGACACCAAGCCCAUCGCUACAUUUCAUGGCUUACGACAACAGGCGGAGAAGGACAGCUCCAGUUCAGAGCCCUACCUGUGUGUGUCUGACUUUGUUGCCCCUGUAGACAGUGGUGUGCCAGACUACAUCGGUGUGUUUGCUGUGGGGGUGUUUGGAGCCGAGGAGCUGAGUCAGCGGUUCCAGGAUCAGGGAGACGACUACAGCAGCAUUAUGGUCAAAGCCCUGGCUGACCGUCUGGCUGAGGCUUUUGCUGAGGAGCUCCAUGUUCGCGUGCGUAAGGAGCUGUGGGGCUAUAGCACUGACGAGGCUCUGCAGGCCUCGGACCUCCACAGAAUCCGAUACCAGGGCAUCAGGCCUGCAGCUGGCUACCCCAGCCAGCCUGACCACACAGAGAAGACCACCAUGUGGAGCCUUGCUGGGAUCCAGGAGAAGACUGGUAUUUGUCUGACAGAGUCCCUGGCCAUGACGCCUGCUGCCUCAGUGUCUGGUCUUUACUUCUCCAACCCUCAGGCCUCAUACUUCGCUGUGGGAAAGAUCACCAAGGAGCAGGUGGAGGACUAUGCCCGGAGGAAAGAGAUGUGUGUGGAGGAGGUGGAGCGAUGGCUGGCUCCAAUACUGGGCUAUGACAACGAGGCGUAGAGCGUGACCACUCCAGCAGUAAACUGGACCACACGAGGUAUCGGAGCAGGGCACACCACUGCCACGGAAUCAGGUUUAUAGUCCGACCAUUUCUCUGUAGCUCACACAGGUUCUUACUGUGGCUGCUCACGCUGGGAUUCCCUGACAUUACAUAGUAUAUCACACUAGGUCUUACCAUUUUACUCAACAUUUCUACUGGACAUUUCAGAACAGUAAAACAGCGUUUUUUGUUCUUGUUUUUUUUUUUUUUUUUUUGCUCUCUAUGCCAAAGGUUUAUGACAAAAGUUCUACUUUUAAACACUACGGACCCACACACGUUGUAUGUAAUGGUAAAAUGAUCUCUUAAAUGAAUGUAUAUUAAUGAAAUGUUUCUAUCAGGUCUACAAAUGGAGUGAAAUAAUCAGUGGUGUUACAUGACAGUCACAUGUGUCUUCAGUAGUGCUUUGAUCCCGAUUAUCUUUGCUCAAUAUUGAGAUGAUUAUGAUUUCAGCACUCAUACCUGGGCUGGGUAUCUGUCAAAGUCAGUCGAUACAUGUGCCGACAUGAUUACUGACGUAGUGUUAGCGAUACUUCAAUUUGCUUAUUAUAAAAACAAUUUUAAAAGAUUUAUUUCUCAUUUACUAAAAUUGGGCAAUACAUCUGUGUUUAUGGUUAGCUUAUCUUAAAGGAAUAGUUCAGCAUUUUAGAAAAUGUGCCGUUUUCCUGUCUUUCCGAGAGUGAAAUUACGUGGUUAGCCUAGCUUAGCAUAAAGUCUAGAAAUAGGUGAAAACAGCUAACCUGGUUGAGUGAAAAAAACAAAAAAAAGACAAUGCGCAUAUGCCUCUGCCAGUGUGCCUGCCUCUCUGCGGGCACGCUGGAGGCGGGUUUUACACAGGCUACCUUGGCCAGUUUGACCCGCUCCGGAUAGAUUUCACCGUAAUCCCAAUAAGGCUAUUGAGAAAGUCAAGCCUCUGUAACGGCGUGGAGCUGUCAUCAUAUAUGGCAUCUGGAUGUGCGUCUGUGACAUUAACAUUAAUGAGACGGGCUGUAGCUGGUGCCGCUGCUUGGUGUUAUGAAGUCAUUCACAAUAUUUCCCUGUUUUGCCAGGGCUUGGGCUUUGACUUUCCCACUUGCUUGUCUCCAUUUGUUGUAAAUCUACGCUAGUCUUCUGCAUCCAAUCAGAGCGAGAACGCAACAUGUAGUUUUUUUCUUUAUCACAUACGCUACAGUCUACAGUCAUUUCUAAAUAAAAACAUAUGAUGGUUCAUUGUUUUAAUAGAAUGAAAUAUAUUAAAUCACUGUGGUCUAUGGUAACCGUUCAAUUGUGCAGAGGUUAUUCCGAUCGGAGAAAAUUAGAAUUUUCUGUUAAUGACCGGUUAUCACCGGACAACGGAAACUCGGCUACCAACACAUUUUAAAACUCACUGAUUAAUAUGCUGUAUCUCGUUUUUUCUUUUCUUAUUCGGUGAACACCUGUUUUUGGUUUUGGCACUAUAAAAAUCGAUUAUAUUCGGGUUAAGGCAAUACGCCGAUUUCUCAAACGCCAUGUAAACACGUUACCCCAGUUAAAAUCAGAGUUCUAAUAACCCGGUUAACUGAGGUAGAGAAUUCCUUCAGUAACCGGAGUAUCCCUGCACAUAUACACCUUAACCGGACUAUGAUCGGGUUAAAAGUCUACGGUUAACUGCAUGCUUCAACUGCCUCUCCCCACUCCACUUGAGUGGUUUUUAAACCAGAAAUAAUCAGUCAGCACUGCAAGUAGUUGUCGUUGCUAUGACACCAUACAACAAAACAGCGAUGCCCGAAUCAGCGGGCCAUCGGCAGAAAGAGCCUGCGGUCCGUCUGUUUUACUCCCCGCCGAGGCAGCAGCGAACUCCGGUAGAUGGCUAAACAGAUUGUCCAUCUCCGGGACCGUCAACGCCACGUCUCGGCAAAAAAGUGGAGGGACCGAGCAGCAGCCGCUGGUUAACGUUAAUGUUAGUUAGCUACCUAACGAAGUUAGCUUGCUAAUUCCACCCGACACUUCUUACAGAUAACGUUAUAAUCAGCGUCUGGCGUAAACACUGUGCGUUCCUACGCUGUGACAAGAAUAUGUAAAUCAAACAUUAAGUUGUUAGGCCGAUCGGUGUAAUGCUGACAUAGGUCAACUGGAAGAAAAAGAGCUUUAGAAGAACUUUGCUUCAGGAAAAAAAAAAAAUUAUCAUGAUUAAAAUCAGGAAAUAUCUGAUCAAAGAAUGAGUAAUAAACUGUUCUUACAUUAACUGUCAAUACGUUACACUUUUUAAUACUUGGUGGUACAGACCAAUUCAUUUGUGCCCAAAAUGUAUUAAUGUAAACGGCCUAAAUUUAUUUAGGUUUUUUCUUCUAAAAAUCAUUAUUUUAUUGCUUUUGUGUAAAGGUUUUAACAUCAUCAACAUCUGCGUGGAGGCUGUAGUGUACCAGCUGAAUAGUUCACCCAUUUUCACUGGUUUAUUAAUGGAUUUUACUAAAAAGUCUUCUGAAGCUCAAGCUUGUUGUUUUAUUGUUAACUUUUAACUCACUUUACAUAAUCUUUACUAUCUCUGAAAGUGAAAACAAUAAAACAGGAGACAAAUCAUUUUAUAAGCCUUUAAAAGAGUAACUUACCCCCCCCCCCCUGAAAAUAUUGUCUUUGCUCUCCUUGGAGGUUUUAACUCCUCUUCUUGCUGCAGUGAUGAACACCUGCACCUGAAUGCACCAUGGAGGCACAUGCUAAUGGGGAAAAGUGCAGCUGCAUGCUACCCUUAGGGUAACAUUAUGCCGUGUCUUUAGCCGCAUGCUACCAGCUGGUAAGCUAUGCUGUGUCAUCUACUGUAUGUGUUGUUUUCUUAUAGCUUUGGUACUGAGAUUUUAUCACUUUCAAAGUAUUGAUACUUUUGACAAAGUUACCACCAUGUAGAGCCGUCACUUAAAGGAAAUACUUCACCCACAAAAUGACCAUUUGUACAUCAGUGUUGCCUUGAAUUCAUGAAGAAAACUCUGUUAUUGUUGCAUGCCUCCACGGUGAACAGAGAAUUAAAAAAUCACAGAAUAGUCGAUGCGCAUGUGUUUGUAAGUACAGGGCAUACGACUGGAUAAACAAGACUUGGAUUAAGCGGCUUAGUUGUGUGAGAGUUGUUUUGAUAUAGUUUUGCUGUUAAACGUGGACCCCGAGUACUUUAAUGCAUCAAGGCUUUUCUAAGUUGUUUUGAUUCUACAUUCACCAUUGAGGCAUAUAACAAAGAUUUCUUCAUGAAUUUCGGGCAAAACUUGAGUGAGUAACCGAAACGUUGUGAAAUAAGUAUUUGCAUGCGUAACGGACAGUGUGCGGGACUUCUUCAACAAGUGUUACUGGUAACCUUUACCUUUUCUGACGCACCUGCCCCAAAAAAGAAGUGUGCAAAAGCGCUUUUGAAUCGAAUAGUUGAUAUACAAAAGGUCAUUUUAAGGGUGAAGUAUUUCUUUAAGCAAACUUGAAUGUAACUUGUUUUUGACUUGAUAAGAAACCAAACCAGAACCAUUUGCUGUGGCUUCAUGGCUGUGAUAAAAACACUAAUAAUAAUCACUUACAAUGAAUUAUUACUUAGACGUUUUUCACCAAAUGUAAUUGCAUAAUUUAGAAUGACCUACAGUGCUUUAAACAGAGUUGUAAAGACUAAAAGGAGCAAGCAGUAAAGUCUCAUCUUCAAAUGACUAAAUUGGUAAACUGGGUUAACCCUUUGCAACAUCUGUGGUUAUCAUAGUUUCAUAAACUCACAUUGUCCUGUUCAGCAGCAAUAGAAAAAGCCAGCUUUUCACACAUUGAGGUACAACUAGUUCUCUAUCGACAUCCACGUACUGUUGACAUUUCACCGGGUAUCAUCAGUGUUGUAUUGUGUGUGUACUAUACAACAUCUACUUAUUCCAUGAACCUGAAAAAAAUCGUCACAUGGGACAAAAUGAUGGGUUAAAAUUGAAAUUAGGUUUCUAAUUUAGGUUUUCAAGAGUGCAUUUCACAUGUGUCUUAAAAGCCCUGAUGUGCUGCAGUGGCUGAUCUCAGUUUGUAUGAAACAUUUUUUUUUUUUUUUAAAUCCGUUAGAUUUUCUUACAUUGAAAAAAGAAGCUGUGGAUAAAUGAUGGUGGCAUUGAAAACAAUGUAAAACAGAACAAAUAAAAAAAAAAAAAUCA